AUGGAGCUAGCAUAUCGGUUGACCGAAUACGCUCUAGAGCCAGCCGGCGAGGACGACACAGCUAGAGUCAUGACGCGUCAAGAAGGCAGUAUUGAGGAGACAGAGCAGCAAGAAAUCGCAGCAGCCAUGUCGAACUACGUCUAUCUAGCAGAGCACGAAGUUCUCAUCUGCAAGGAACACGGCUACGCAGUGCGAGGCUUAGACAGCCAUCUGCGCUUGGUCCAUACUUCUUACACUUCUACGUCGAAGAAGGCAAGGGCUGCACUAAGACAGCAUCACAGCGGACGCAACAUGCCAGACCCAUCCACAGUCCGUCUACCCGAGCCAGGACAGCCGGCAAUUGAGUAUCUGUGUAAGCCAAUCCCAGGCUACUACUGCAUCCACAACCAGGACAACACCGCCGGCGAACAAGACGUACGAGGGGAUGCAUCGACAACAACAGACUCCCCCAGUCACUGCGGCUUCACCACCAGCGACCGUACCAACAUCGGCAAACACUGUCGUAAUGCACACGGCUGGAAAUCUACUGACGAAGACCGUCAGUGCUGGAAAGAUGUCUACAUCCAGACGUUUUGCAAGAGUUCAGGCAAACAAAAGUGGUUUGUCGUCAAGACACCCGAUCAGAUCGAUAGGGAAAGAGCAAGUCAGAUCCAGUUCGACGGCAUCAAAGAUGACUUCCAGAAGUUAAAAGAGCAAUGGCAGAAAGAGCAGGAGAUACUAGCAGACAGGGUUGAGAAAUGCGAGAACACCGGAUGGUGGAACAAGACAAGAUGGAGAGAGCAUCUCAAGAACUGCAAUCUCACCCAUCUCUCGUACACCAGCCGGCUGCCCGAGAAGGAUGAAGAAGCGUUACUCAAGGUAGCAGCGGUGAUCGAGAAGAUGGUCGAGAGGGGUGUCUCAGGACUGAGCUCGAUGCCGGAAGGCUUGCGUCGUUGGCUUCGAAGUGCAGAGAUGCACAAGCCAGACGUGAGACCGCUAUCCCGGUUGCAGAAUCCAGAGAGUCAAGAACGGUACACCGGGUACUGGAAGCGAAUGGUUUGUUACUGUCUACGAGUAUGGUGCACUCGUCACGAAGCCACGGACAGCGAGUCAAGUGGCGAUGGCAGCAACAAUGACGAUACCGAAAGCGACAGCGAUGAGGUAAACAGUGUGUACAAUGCUAACGCCAACACUGAUGAGGUAAACAGUGUGUACAAUGCUAACACCAACACUGAUACCGACGACGACGACGACGACGACGACGACGACGACGACGACGACGACGACAAUUCCGACACAGAUCCACAACACGAUCAAGGCAGACGGCAAGCACAAGAUCACAUGCACGAUGCUCGGAGGCUCUUCCCAUGGAACGACCAACUCGAAAGAGCAUUAGAGGAGGUGUGGAGAUUGAUCGUUCUCGAGGGAGACACAUCAUCCGUAGAAGACGAUCAAAUCCCAGCGAUGGUAGAGCUCAGUCGGGUGUUGUUCGCUCUAAUCCAUUUCAUGGCCGUGAUGGGCAUCGACGAGACCAACGCUCGGCUACGCGAUGGCAACGACUACUCUUACAUGAUCGCCGGACUGGUGUACGUGUCCAGGAUCGUGACCGCCGAAGCUCUGCUCCCAUCACUCGACCGCGAAAACCAAGGGGAGGCCGACUUCGAGGCAUUUCUCGAGCAGAGAAAAGAGUUUCUAGCCGACGGAUCGAUGAGCGUGAUGGGAGAGAUGUUGAGCUUGCUAGCGGGGAAGCUGCACUGGACUCACGACGGAGCCGGCGUCGCUCUCGGCAGCAUCGAGUUCACGGUGUACAACUUCAAGUCCAUGGCACGCUCCGCUCUAGACGAUUGCGAAGACUACAUGUGGAGGGAUCUCAUGUGGGCAGGCCGCAAGGCAGAUCGCUUCGUGUUAGAUCUCGAUAGCAUCACCGACGACAUGACGGUGAAGAAGAGAGGCUGGUACUUCGGUGCCGACCCGAACCAGGAUCUCGAAGCACAAGGUCUCGACUGGAUGUUGAAGAGGAUGCUAGGCUCGAACCAGGGGAAGAAGAUGCGCAGAGGUGACCAGUGGCAGUCGAGACUGGUGGCCAACUAUCUCCGGAGGGUGGACAAGUUCAGGGAGCUGUUCAUAUUCUGCGUGCACGUCUUGAGCGGCCAGCCCGCCAGAGGAACCGAGAUCACCAGUCUGCGCUUCCGCAACGGAGUGGCCAACCACCGCAACGUCUUCGUCUUGGACGGCAGAGUGAUGACGGUGACGAGCUACCACAAGUCACAAGCAAUGCUCGACAUGCCCAAGAUGGUGCCACGCUUCUUGCCGUGGAAACUGGGUCAGAUCGCGGUCAUCUAUCUCACCCACGUGCGGGCGUUCGCCGAGUUGCUGUCGGUGCAGGUACAGUACGGUCAAGGAUGGAGUGACUACAUCUGGGCGGACUCGCACGGCCCGUGGGAGACGCAGAAGCUCACCGACACGAUGAAACGAGAGACGGCCAAACGACUGAAGGCCAAGCUACACACCCAGAACUACAGACACGCCGCCGUCUUUCUAGGCAGGAGAUUCGUCGGACCGAGGUUCGCCAAAGGCUACCGAGAGGAGGCCGAAGAUCCGGAAGAAGCCCAGGCGGGUGAUAUGGAUGACGAUCUCGAGGAGGGCAACGCGAUCGAGCUACAGAAAGCCGGCGGCUUCGGCACCGGAGCCGGCAGAUACGCGGUCAGAGCGGACAUCUUGAAGUAUCUCAACCAAGAGUCGAUCGACAUCUUCGGCGAUCUCAGCGAAAGCUGGCACAGGUUUUUCGAGCUCGACCACAGAGAUCCGAAGAGGAAAAGAAAGGCCGAGAGCAGCAGCAACAAAGACGAUGGGAUGCAAACCGUCGACUUUGAAGGAUUGAGGAAAGAGAGAUUGAUCAAGAGACUGCCCGCGGCAAAAGGAGGAGCUGUUACUGUUGCCGCCACUCCGACGACAGUAGAUCUCUCACCGUUCUUACAACAAUCCGAAAGGCAGCAGAAGGAGAUCGAAGACUUGCGGAUGAAGCUCAAGGCACAAGAAUUCGAACUGACAAGACUUCGAGGAGAGGAGCUGCAGCAGGGACGACAGCAACCCAUGACCCCCAUCGUUGGCUUGGGCAUCUACUCGAACAACAACAACAACGGAAUGCCGACCCCGGUGACAGAGGGAAACAGGCACGACUCACACAACGAUGAUGCCAACGACAAGAACGACAGCAACGAAGUCAUCUACAUCGACGAUGACGAUAAUGAUGACAACCACCACGACGAAUCCAGGUACUCUCAAGGUGCAGCGGCAGGAACCACCAACAGCAUCUGCAGCAGCACAAGACCGACGGCACAGGAAAAGGAGAGGGCUAUACGCAAAGCACUCAAGAAACCAAUGGACGACGACGCGGUGACGAUCAGAUACAGAUCGAAAGCACAAGGAGAAGCGCUCGGGAGAAUCAUGGACGGUGGGUUCAACGUUCUCACCGUCGUUCUGCCGACAGCCGGAGGCAAGACUCUACUCUUCACCGCACCCGCUUGUCUGGAAGAAGACGUCGGGGUGACCAUCGUGGUGGUACCGUUCCGCAAGCUCAUCGACGAGACGGUGCGAGAAGCACAAAAGACGGUGGGUGACUGUGAAGAAUGGAGUCACAGCACCGUCGAUCCAGCAGCUCUCGUGGUCGUCAGCGUGGACAAGAUGCACGAUCACUUCUGGUCUGGUGGUGGACGAGUGCCACUUGCUGGUGACUUCGCACAGCUGGAGACCGCAUCUCGUGGAGCUGGAGAAGCUCAAGUCACUAGGAGUACCGAUGGUGAUGCUGACGGCCACACCCCAAGGUACAUGGAGGUCGAGCUACGACGAAGUCUAGGUAUCGGCAUCGGAAUGAUGUCGCUCAUACGAGCAUGCACGGUGAGGGAGAACAUCACUUACACCGUCAGACAGGACAUCGGCAAAGGCAAGCUGGUCGAAGAGACGGCCAGAGUGUGCGAAGAGGUCGCCGACGAGCUACGGAGCACCAGGAAAGAGAAGGCCGUCGUCUACUGCCGAAGCAAGAAAGACUGCGAGGAGAUGGCGGAAAAGCUAGGCUGCGGCUUCUUCUACGCCGGACACGUCGACGGCGGGGAAACGCUAGAGCAGUGGAAGGCGAACGGCGGCUUCAUCGUGUCGACGACAGCUCUCAGCACCGGACUCAACUACGAGGCCGUCAAGGCGGUCAUCCACUCGGGACUGCCAUACGGACUGAUCGAGUUCGCCCAAGCAUCGGGCAGAGCGGGUCGAGAUCCCAACGAGAGAGUGGACUCGAUCGUACUGCUGGAGCAAGGGUGGGAGGAAGAAGAGCAAGGGACGCGGGAGCGUUACAACGAGGCACUCGGACCGGACGGAGCAGCGAUGAUGGAGUACAUCAAGACGGAGGGUUGUCGAAGGCUGGUGCUAGGCAAGUACUUCGAUGCGGCAGAAACGAUCCAGGAGUGUCACGACAGCAGCAGCAGCGGCAGCGACAACAACAACAGCGAGACCGAGAGCGAGACGAACUGUAGUAAUGGCGGCAGCCGCCAGCAUCACGCCCCCAAAGCUCCGUGCGACAGGUGUGGUGGUGGAAUGGUGGCAGCAGGUACAGAGCUGGUCAGGCAGUCCGAGCUGGAAAAGGAGAUGGUCGAAGAGGCUCUAGACGAGAUGAAGCUCGGCUGUCCGAUGUGUUGGAUGAAGUCAGAAGAGAAAGACUCACAUCUGGAGCACGGUGGCCGGGAGUGCGAGAGUCGAGAGCUGACGGUGACAGACGAGGCCGACGAAACGACAAUUGUCGAUGUUGACACAUUCCGGAAGCAGAUCAAAUACGCAAAGGCGAGCAAGGCUUGCAGGAAGUGCGGCAUCAACCAGAGGAUGUGCAACACCAGGGAAGACGCCAAACGAAAAUGCCAGUGGCCCGGCAUAGCAGUACCGGUGUUGAUGACAGCAGUUCGAGAUCCGAUCGGGAGGAACAUCAUCCGAAAAGCCGGCUUCGAACCGAAUCGAGUGGUGGAAGAGGAGAAGGAGGGGUGGAAGGCUUACGCAGCGUGGUGCGGCCAGGCCAGAGACAGGCGGAUAUGGGGAGAGAUGAUGAGCAAUUCGAUGUGGGUGGUGAAGGAAUUUUUGGUUUACAAGAGUGGGGAGAGGAUGAGGCAAUCUGAUGAUGGCGGUGGUGAUGAGAGUCAGGAGAAGGAGGACAAGGAUGAUGAUGAUACUUCAUCAUUCGAGGAUCUGGACAUGGAUGAAGACGACUUUAUCAUGAUCGAUGCCGGGACCAUGGAAGCUACAACAACAACAACAACCGCCACCACGGCUAGAGCGACAGCACCAGCAGCAGCAGCAACAGAAACAGAAGUGGGAGAACGACAAGAGACCCCGGAAGCCCGAGCUACAGCCGUGGAAGAACUGGAACACAGCAGACAGAUCCCCCGAGUGUCGAAACGUCCGAUGUGCUCGGAUAUCAGCAGCAGAGAA